ACUGCAUGCGCAGUACAUACAUCCCAGCAUAGCGAUCAUAUUGCCGAGUAUCGACAGAAUGACGGCUCCGGCGAAAGAUCUGAACGAGUUCGCGGCGCGCCUGGCGACUUUCACCACAUCACAUCAUCUCGCCAAGCGACGCGCCAGUUCGAAUGCCUCCAAGAAGAAGAAGGAUGGGACGGUCGAGUGGCCUCAUGAGUUUCCGUCUGGCCAUGCGCUCGCCCGCGCCGGUUUCUUCUACCGUCCUUCCCACGACUCAAACGACAAUGUGCAGUGCUUCAUGUGCAGCGUGAAACUUGACGGAUGGGAAGCAACCGACGACCCAGUCAGCGAGCAUCUUGCACACUCCAGCGGAUGCGCGUGGGCGACAUCGAUAAGUGUCAUGCGUGAAGAAGGAGACCUACGAAAACCCGAACAACGCGAUCCGUUAUCCGAGGAAUUGUACGCUGCUCGAACUGCGACCUUCAAAUCGGGAGACGGAUGGCCUCAUGAGGGAAAGAAAGGAUGGAAGUGCAAGAUUAGCAAAAUGGUGGAAGCAGGGUGGGUGUUGGAUCCGACCGACGAAACCGAGGAUCGUGACGGGGUUACAUGCAUGUACUGCAACCUCAGUCUGGACGGAUGGGAGCCCAAGGACGACCCAUUUGUGGAGCAUAAGCGACGUGAACCUGCGUGCCCGUACUUUGGUCUUCUGGAAGUCUACCACGGAGCGGAGGCUGCGAAUGGCAAGAUCAAGAAAACAAAGGGACGCGGCAAGGCUUCGGCUAGGAGUAGUAUUGCUAGCAAAGCCAGCCGUGUGAGUACGCAAAGUAUCAGGGGCGAGGUCCCCAGCGUGGCGGGCAGUUUGGGAGAUAUGGAGCUUGACGGUGAUGCGGCUGGCGUUGACGAUAGCAUUGUCACCACCGCCACAACAGCCUCUCAAGUAAGCACCACAACGGGCAAGAAGAAGGGAGGCAGGACAAAGGCCGCCGCGAAGGGUACCAAAGGGAAGAAGAAGGUCGACGAGGAGGAUCGAAUGGAGAUCGAAUACCCGGACAUCGCUGCAUCACAGCAAGUGGAGGCCCAGACUGAUGCACCGCCAGCUAAGACAACGCGCAAAGGUGGACGGGAGUCGAAACAACUCGAUUCUUCUGUCGUUGAGGUCAGCCAGAUGGAUAUUGCUCCGCCGAAGAAGGCGACCAGGACCCGGAAGGCUAAAGUCACCCAGCCUGAACCGGAGCCUGAACCGGAGCCUCAACCGGAGCCUGAACAUGUGCCCGCCACACCCGAUGUCGAUGCGAUAGAGGCGACCAGGAAGAGCGAAGUGGCGGCGCAAUUGCAGGAGGAGCUAGACCAUUCCAUGGAAGAGCCGGAGCUCAUUCAACGACAUAUCGCAAAGCCACAACGUGGCGUGAAACGAAACUCGGAAGGCGUUGCAAAGGUGGAUUCGAGCAUGUUUGACGAACAACCGAAUGACAAGCCAGUGGUAAAAGGCAAGCGGAGUCGCAAGCCUACGAAAGUAUCUACGGCGUCUAGCGACAUGGACCUGGAGUCACAACUACCACACGCAGACAGUGCGCAGGCGGACCGCUCUACGGAAGCGCCUCAACACGAAGAGAACGAAGAAGUCGUGAAGCCGAAAGCAAAAGCAGCGUCAAGGAAGACCAAGCCCAAGCCAAAAGGCAAGAAAGCGUCGACUGCGCGAUCAUCACGGUCGUCAAAGCUGAGCAACCAGGCUUCGGAGCUCGAGCUGGAUUUUGAAGAGCAUGAGGACCUAGAGAGGGACGAAUUGGAAAUUGAAAAAGAGCUCGAGCGAAUCGCUGCGGAGGAGUUGGCCCAAGCUGCUGUUCAAACAGAACAAGAUCAAGUGGAUGAAUUCGAGACGUCGCCCUCCCAAGGUCGCAUCAGCAAAGACACCGCGGAACUCGAAGCGCAUACCGAGGACGAGCACGAAGUGCCAACCGAGAAGCACGACUCACCUCCACGAAUCUCUCUUCAACUUGGCGAACACAAGUCGUUGAUGUUCAGUCCGACCGGCAGCGACAAGGAGAACCUGCCCUCGUCAGUCAUGGCACCUUCAGCAAAACAAACCCACCCGCAACUUAUCAUGAGUCCGACGAAAACCUCCCGCAUCCCUCUCGCACUCGGCACACCGAACCGAUCACCCGCCAAACAAUUUCAAAGUCCCAGCAAACAGAUCUCCCAUCUUACAUCGAACCCUCCGUGGCAAGCCGUCGACCUCGACACCGUUCUCCUUGCGUCUCCGCAACCUACACCUGGCCGCGUUGAGCGACAACUCGUUGCCGCGGCUGGUGAGUUGACGAGUCCCGAGAAGAAGAUGAGCGUGGAGGAGUGGGUGCGUUUCCGCGCGGAGCAGGGCGAGGAGACGUUGAGGAGGAGGCUGAAGGCGUUGGCGGAGGCGUUGAUCAACCUACAGGCACACCGGCUAGCGGGCAAGUCUUUGUGGCCAAUCAAAGUCGACCAGAAGAGCGUCGAUGCUGGGAAAUACCAAUGGCAGGGCUCGAGAGUCAUCGUGGCAGGGCUCGUACAAUAUCACUAG